AACCUGGACGCCCCUUGUGUAAUUUAGUCGUCCACCUCGUGUCGUUCGUUUGGCUCGUCUGUCGAGAUGCCGCUUGGUCUGGGGCGCAGGAAAAAAGCCCCUCUGGUAGAGAAUGAGGAAGGGGAGCCAGUCCGAGCUGGGAUGAGUGUCUCAGGCCUGGGGGGCAAUGCUGAAGGAAGCCCAGGCCUCCAGCCAGGCCUCCCCCCAUUUCCCUCCAGCUUGAGGCCCAGGCUUGUCUUUCAUACCCAGCUGGCCCACGGGAGCCCCACAGGCCGGAUUGAGGGGUUCAGCAACGUCCGGGAGCUCUACAGCAAAAUAGGAGAGGCCUUUCAGAUCCCAGCAGCAGAGGUGAUGUUCUGCACACUCAACACUCACAAGGUUGACAUGGAGAAGCUGCUCGGGGGACAGAUAGGUCUGGAGGAUUUCAUCUUUGCUCACAUCAAGGGCCAGCGCAAGGAAGUGGAGGUGUUUAAGAACGAGGACGGCCUGGGGCUCACCAUCACUGAUAACGGGUCUGGCUAUGCCUUCAUCAAGAGAAUUAAAGAAGGGAGCAUCAUUGACAGAAUCCAGGUGAUCAACGUGGGCGACAUGAUCGAAUCCAUUAACGGCCAGGGCCUGAUUGGCUGCCGACACUAUGAGGUCGCCAAGAUGCUCAAGGAGCUACCAAAGGGGCGGGACUUCUGUCUGAAACUGGUGGAGCCAAUGAAAGCCUUCGACAUGAUUGGUCAGCGGUCUGGAGGGGCGAGGUCCGGCUCGGCCACACCACUGGGGACUGGCCGAGGAACACUGCGUCUCCGGGCUAAGGGUCCGGCCACAGUGGAGGAAGUGCCCUCAGCCUUUGAAGAGAAAGCAAUCGAGAAGGUGGAUGACCUGCUGGAGAGCUACAUGGGCAUCCGGGACAGUGAGCUGGCGGCCACAAUGGUGGAGCUGGGGAAAGACAAGAAGAACCCGGACGACUUCGCAGAGGCUCUUGACGAGACGCUGGGAGACUUCGCGUUCCCCGACGAGUUUGUAUUUGACGUGUGGGGGGCGAUCGGCGAUGCCAAGGCGGGGCGACUGUAGCUCACAGUGCUCGAGAACCGGACCUUCUCACUGCUUCAUAUUGAGGAUGGUACCGUACCCCCUUUGCAGGGCUUGUGGACAAGAAUACUGACCGUGAAAAUCAAAAGAAGACACAAAUAGGUUUGCUAUCCAUGUGAUAUAUAACUUCCUACAGGAGUUGGAUGUAAAAUUAGAAAUGUCUGUCAAUAGAGUAUAGGACCACCGUGGGCAGCCAGAACUGAGUCCCUGUAUUUUAAGCUAACCCACAAUCGUAUUCCGUUUCAUUCUACGAGUGACUGGUAAUACAUUCUUUUAUAAUGUUCUCUCCUGCGUGCAUUGUCAGUAGCCAGACCCUGUUUGUUGUCCAGUUUGUUUACAUACCCGUAAAGCACACACAUUAGACAGCGAGCAGGGCUGGCAGAGUUGUCUCAAUGUCAGACGAUUUGAAUGGCAUAAGGAAGGGUGUUCAGUCCAGGCACGAUGGAUUUUCCAGACAAGCUCAAAGCCAGGUCAAAGCAGAGCUGGAGAAAAAUGAUCCAGAAUCACUGCAUGGUUGCAAAAAGGAAAUUUUUAUAUAUAUAUAUAUAUAUAUAUAUAUAUAUAUAUAUAUAUAUAUAUAUAUAUAUAUAUAUAUAUAUAUAUAUAUAUAAAGCAACUAGAAUUACAUUUGCAACUAAUGAGUCUAAACAUAUCAUGAUAAAUAUUACAGAAAACACGUAAAAUAGCCCCAUUCUUAAUAAUGUACAUAUAGAUUUUAAAAUCUUUAAUAAACAGUAGGAUGUAGGGUCCCCACAGGCAGCCUGGGUGUCACUGAUUCAACAUGGCCAUGGCUGCAGGUGUUUAAAAAGGUCAGGAGGGAUGCAUGACCAUUCCUCCAUGAUUACCAGCCUCUUAGUCCUUCUGGGAUGUUUUAAUGGGGGAGGGGUAUUCAGAAUGGCUAUAGAAAGACUCCUAACUUCUCAGACUGUUCCUUGUAAAUUGUAAGGAAUUUGGGAAGCACCUUCUAAACCCUGUCGUGCUAUUGUGACGGCAACAAGGAGGUUCAGCUGCUCUGUAUUCCAGAAUGCAUGUGUAACAAAUGAGUUGCUGUUGUAAAGAACACUUGGGCAGGUGUUUCCAGUUGUGUGUUUUUUUUUUUUUAAUCCAAACCCUUCUAGAAUGAAGCUACUGGGUCACAACUAAGAUUAAAAGACCCACAUAAACUCAUCAUUGGAGUAGAGGAAGCAGAAUGGGGCUCGGUGAGAAUGGAUUUCAAAUGGAUUUAAACCUGGACUCUGGGAAUAAAACAGCACCAACUGAAGCUGUUUGUUUCACUCAGAUUCUUCAGAAGCAUUGUACUUGAAACAUGGCAAACAAAUUGCUUUACUAUUCUAUGGGAAACCUUUGAGCUGCUAUUGGUUAUUCCUCCAUGAAUAACACACACGUCUGAUAUUCUUACCACUCAAUCUUUGGCAAGUAAAACUGCCACAUGGCCCACAGGGGGAGCUGUGUCCCAUCAUCACGUCAUGUUCAAUGUGAUUUCCAUUUGCUUCAAUUAUUCUUCUUCUCUCAUUGGCAUUGGGCAUGUGAAUCUUUAUGGUAAUGCUACAUUUAGCAUGGUAGAAAUACAUGAUUAAUUAAUUGAUAUGCAGAUGUGCAUUUACUGAAGCUCCUUGUUAAUAUCCAGUCAGAUAUGCAAUAGGAGUUGUUGUGUGUGUGUGUGUAUUCACCAUUGGCAGUUUCCGGGACAAACACAUAUUGAAUACAUAAAAAGAAAAGCUGUGUAAAACAAUGGCUAUGAAGUUCUGGAAUAACACUGAUCUCUUGUCAUUUUCAUAUUUGUUAUUAUAGUCAUGGCACUGAACUGGGUAAAGGGAUAUCAAUUAAACAAUUAUUGAUGCCAAAAUAUUACCAGUAAGACAACUCGUGUCUCUCUUGCCAAUAAGACAACUAGUGCCCUCGUCGGCACAAAGGUUUUCCUGCUUCAUUUACUGUCAUAGAAUAGAAGUCUGACAGUAGACUGUAUGAUUGAUAAGGCUUGGAUUGCAGCACAAUAAAGGUAUGCAAGGUUUAUCUGUCGGCAUGUGAUCUGUCCUCGACACGACUAACCUGUGGACUAAGACAGCACAGGUGCUAAUACAACUGUAAGUAAAUUGGGGAAGCACAGUCCUGUGUGUGCAAGGUGCAGCAUUGUGAUGCAUUUUCAUUGUAAACUCAGCCUACUGAAUUGCUUUUCUCUGUGACUAAUACCUUUGCUGUCUUGUCCCACACGUUAUAACUCCUGUGCAAUUCAUGUAUUUGAUCAGCUGUAUUAAAACCCCUCUCAACGUCUACUGUACUGGAUCAGAAGUCGUGACUGCAGCUUGAUUUGUAAGGUUGCCUUUGUAAGCUGCUAUGUGACCAUUCCAUAAGUUUUGAAUGAAGUGUUAAAUAUCUAUCUAUCUCUAUAUAGCUCGAACUCUCUCUCGUGUGUGUGUGUGGGGGGGCUGUGAUAAUACUGUGGUAAAAGGGACUCCUUUUAAAGUUUACUCCUAAUUUUAAAUAGAUUAUAGUUAUAUUUUUCUUACCUGUUUUAUUACAUGUCGGGGAACACUACUCUGAUACUGUGUACUCAACACUAUCACUACUGCACUGCUAGGUCUGGCUAGUUCAGGUUAUUGGUCACACACUAAGUCUCUCGCCCCCUAAUCUAAUGUAUUUAUUUAUUAUCCAUUGAUAACUUUGUUUUUCUUGUAUUGUAUGUGUAGGUUUUUCUGUUGUUUUUACCAAUGUAAAUGUAAACCCAUUGCAUUUGAUUGUUUUUACAGUAUAAAUGCUCAAUAACA